AUGCCUCCAGUUUAUAAACAUUUAAUUCAAUGUUUAUUUUCGGAAUUUAUUGGCACCGCUUUUAUGAUGUUUGCCGGUUGCAUGGGUCACUGGGAGGCGGUACAGUUUACAAAUACACAUUUUCAAAUUAGUCUCAAUAUGGCUUUGGUUGUUAUGAUAGUGGUCCAGUGUUUUGGUCAUAUAUCGGGUGCCCAUGUCAAUCCUGCUGUCACAGUGGCUGCCUUUAUAAAUGAUGUGAUAAAAUUCCACAUGCUGAUGGUCUAUUUUAUUGGUCAGUUUUUUGGUGCCAUUGCAGGUUUUGGUCUUGUUGUAGCCGUUUCUUCUCCUAUGCCAGACAAGUUUUGCCUGACUUUGCCCAAUGGAAACUUCACUCAGUUCCAAGUUUUUGCGGUGGAAUUUAUAGUGACAAGUAUGUUGGUUGAUGUCUGCUGUGCCGUUUGGGAUUCUCGGAAUGUUAAAAAUCAAGAUUCAUUGCCAGUACGUUUGGGUUUAACUGUGGGAUGUCUGACAUUUUCAGCGAUUAACAUAAGUGGUGGAAGCAUGAAUCCAGUGCGAUCUUUUGGACCCGCUUUAUUGUUGCUGAAUUUUGAUUAUCAAUGGAUCUACUUGGCAGCACCUCUGUCAUCAUCUGUAAUUUCUAGUUUAAUUUAUAAAUAUUGUUUUAAAUCUAAUCCGCGUACAGAUUUUCGCAUGUCUAUUGAUUCGCAAUAA